AUGGCUGUUACAGAAGUUGUGGAUUUGUGUAGUGAUGAUGAGGGGGGGAAUGUUGGUUCUAGAGCUGCUAUUACAAGUAGCGCAAAAAAACAAACUGAAACGAGGAUGGAAGGGCAAGUAACCGUCCAUCACAGACCUCAUAGUGGUUCUACUGCACAAGUUUCUGAAGAAAAUAAAAGCUCUGGUGCUCUAAGCACUUGCCAUAGUUAUUCUGCUGUAAAGGGACAGGGUUUCUUGCGUGUUGAUGUUGAUGAUACAAACUUUUCUUCUCCCCCAAUCUGUAGGAAUUUUUGGAAAGCUGGAAACUACGAUGAUGAUCUUCUUUCCAAACUCACCUUCAAAAAUAGUGAGAACUACUUGCAUGUCCACCCUUUGUUCCUUCACUCAAAUGCAACUUCACAUAAGUGGGCAUUCGGUGCCAUUGCUGAGCUUAUCGACAAUGCAGUUGAUGAGAUCCAAAAUGGGGCUACUUCUGUUGUUGUAGAUAAAAUUUUAAACCCAAAAGAUGGAAGUCCAGCAUUGUUGAUUCAAGAUGAUGGUGGUGGAAUGGAUCCAGAAGUAAUGCGCCAAUGCAUGAGUUUUGGAUUUUCAGACAAGUCGAAAAUUGCCAUUGGACAGUAUGGAAAUGGCUUCAAAACUGGUAGUAUGAGACUAGUCGAUACUUAUUGCCAGCAUUUUUCUGUCUUGUCUACAAUUGUUAUGAUAUGGUGUAUUGCUUGUACUUUCUUUUCGGUGAAUUAUAAGUUUGAUACAUCAACUGAAUACUUGGAAAUACUAAAUGACGAAGAUCAUUUUAGGUCUAAUUUGUCCAUUCUGUUGCACUGGUCUCCAUAUCUAUCAGAAGAUGAACUUCUUAAGCAAUUUGGUGACAUUGGAAGUCAUGGUACUAAAAUUAUUAUCUUUAAUUUAUGGUUCAAUGGCGAUGGCAAUUUGGAGCUAGACUUUGAUUCUGAUCCUGAGGAUGUUCGUAUUUCUGGGGAUAUCAAGAAGGUUGCCACACUUCCUGGCUGGAAGACAGUAAAUGAGGAAUACAUUGCCAACCGUUAUCAUUAUUCUUUACGAGCUUACUUAUCCAUGUUGUACUUGGGGAUAAGGGAACGCUUUAAAAUUGUAAUGCGAGGGAAAGUUGUGAAUCUACACAACAUUGCAGAUGAUCUCAAAUAUACAGAAUAUGUCUUGUAUAAACCACACAGGGGUGGUCCUACAGAGGUUCUUUUCUUUACUAACUUGCUGUAA